GUCCAACAUGCAUAUUAAUCGAACCGGAUGGCAAAACAAUUGGGUCGUUUGGAUAUGAUGCUGAGACGCGUUACAGCGAGCUGAUUGAGAAACGUGAACACAAAAAAUGGUACUACUUUCACAGAUUCAAGAUGAUUCUCUGGAACAAGCCUGUAGAAAAGGACAUAAUGUUGGUUGAUGAGUGCGGGAAAAGCCUUCCAGCUCUGACAGUGUUUUCAUUGUCAAUAAGGUACAUGAUGGACGGUGUGCUAGAAACGGCCAAAAAGGGGGUCGAUAAGUUAAAUGAAAAAGACAUCCGAUGGGUACUAACUGUACCUGCGAUAUGGAAUGACUCUGCGAAACAUUUCAUGCGACUCGCUGCUCAAGAGGUAUUAGCAUAUUAUACAAUAAUAUGUAGAAAUAUUUCGCACACAGACACAUGCAUUUCAGGGAGUUAUUCCUUCUUAUAGACAAUAUAAAAAUUUCUAAAAAAUUUCACGUUUCUGCGCAAUACCGGAAAUAAAAAUCAAAAUUUGAAUUAUCUUUAUUAUGCAGUGUCCUUAAGGAUGUACCUAAUUAUAUUGUUUGGUCGUUCUGCAUUCUUCAUUUUUCAUGUAUUUAUUGAUAUUUUCAUUUAAAUUAUGACUUUUUAUUGUUGUGUAAGAUCUCUGAGACUAAAUAGCCCGUUUGAAUACUACAGUUUCUUACCAAGACGCUUAUUGUCAGAUUGUUCCGGUCCAAUGCUCUUGUAUUGCGUAAUUGCUUCAUUGUCAAUGCUUACUAUUAACCCGUACAUUGACAAAGCAGGGUGCAUCCAACCAUUUUGGUGAUGGUCUUUUUUAGCUCAUCUAUUUUUUGAAAAAAAAUUAUGAGCUAUUGUCAUCACCUUGGCGUCGGCGUCUGCGUCGGCGUCGGCGUCCGAUUAAGUUUUGCGUUUAGGUCCACUUUUCUCAGAAAGUAUCAAUGCUAUUGCAUUCAAACUUGGUACACUUACUUACUAUCAUGAGGGGACUGGGCAGGCAAAGGUAGAUAACUCUGGCGUGCAUUUUGACUGAAUUAUGUGCCCUUUUUAUACUUAGAAAAUUGAAAAUUUUGGUUAAGUUUUGCGUUUAGGUCCACUUUUUUCAGAAAGUAUCAAUGCUAUUGCAUUCAAACUUGGUACACUUAUUAACUAUCAUGAGGGGACUGGGCACGCAAAGUUAGAUAACUCUGGCGUGCAUUUUGACAGAAUUAUGUGCCCUUUUUAUACUUAGAAAAUUGAAAAUUUUGGUUAAGUUUUGUGUUAAGGUCCACUUUAUUCCUUAAGUAUCAAAGCUAUUGCUUUCAUACUUGCAACACUUACUAACUACCGUAAGGGGACUGUGCAGGCAAAGUUAUUUAACUCUGACUGGCAUUUGGACGGAAUUAUGGGCCCUUUAUACUUAGAAAAUUGAAAGUUUGGUUAAGUUUUGUGUUUUGGUCCACUUUACCCCUAAAGUAUCAUAGAUAUUGCUAUCAUACUUGGAACACUCGCAAACUAUCAUAAGGGUACAGUAAAAGGACAAGUUGCAUAGCUCCUGAUGUCAUUUUUACGGAAUUAUGGCCCUUUUUUGACUUAGUAACUUUGAAUAUAUGGUUAAAUUUUGUGUUUCGAUCCACUUUACUUCUUAAGUAUCAAGGCUAUUGCUUUCAAACUUCAAAUACUUUCAUGCUAUCAUGAGGUUACUGUACCUGGCAAGUUGAAUUUUACCUUGACCUUUGAAUGACCUUGACUCUCAAGGUAAAAUUAUUAAAUUUCUCUAAAAUUGCCAUAACUUCUUUAUUUAUGAUUAGAUUUGAUUGAUACUUUGACAAAACUACUCUUACCUGACAUACCACAAUAGACUCCACCCAAACCAUCGCCCGUGCCCCCCCCCCAACCCCU